GCUAUGACAAAUAUGGUGGGUAUAUUUAUUUAUAACUGACCAAAAUUUGAAGAGGCUCCAGGACUUGAUUUGUAAAUCAUUACUUUAAGAUAUAGUCAGUUAUAAAAGAAACAUGGCUACAUUUAAUGUUGAAGCUGAUGCAGAGGUUAUAACUGCUCGGCGGACAGAAUCAAUAGAUGCUCCACAUAUACUCAAAUUAGUGAAACCAUGGACAGAAAAAUUGUUUGGGAGAGUGAACAUUGUCAACAUUAUUGAAAAAGCAGUGUUAGCCAUCACACUCUGCAACAAGGAGGAUGAAAUAUUGGGCCAUGGAGCUUUCCUGGACUAUCCUAAUCUACCAGAUGUUGAUCAAGCAGAAUGGGAAGCUUGGUAUAGCUCAAGAUACACAUCUGAACAAGUUACACCUCUGAACAGCCUUUUCCUUCAUUACUUUGUGUCCAAGUCAAGUUAUGCUGCAGGCUGUGCUCAGGAAAUUAUCAAAACAGCCUUCAAUGCUGUCCCAGACCUUCACUUUUUGUUUUUGCUUAUCCCAAAGGGAUACAAGCCAGAUUCUUCACUGACUAAAGCAUUUUCAGCUAUGGAAAAAAAAGAGUUAGCACCUUCUGAUUCACAUUCUUUGUUUGUAUGCAAGAGACAUGAACAUGUGAGAACUCUUCAUAUCAGACAAGCUUUUGUAGAGGACCAUGAUGAUUUAACACCCAUCUUCAACCGCCAGAGCGAAAUGCUACAUAAUACCUAUGGUGAUUACUUUUUGGCAGAGCUCAUUGAGGCCCAAGAUGCUGAGAUGCAGUGUCUUGUGGCUGAGGUGGAAAAAACAUCCUAUGGCUUUAUGAGCAUCAGUACAGAUGUCAACUUAGAUUUAUUAAAUGAAUGCUUUGAGCUCAUUCCAUUUAAUGGACUUAGAAAGCCACACCCAGAUGACAACAUUGUGGAACCACCCCGUCCCACAAGCUCAGAGAAUUUGUUUUAUGAUUCUAAUGCAAGGAAUGAUGCUCUGUCAGUCAGCAGUAACUGUAGUGACAAAACUGAGACAACUUUUGUUAAAAAAACUGUCAAGCUGAGUCAAUCUGCACUGACUGUGCCUGUUUCUAAUGUUGCCUUUGUUCAGAGAGUACCUUCUCCUACCUCUGUAGCAGAAAUGUUGCUAUCUGAGAAAGGAAAUGAAAACACAGAGUUUAAAGCUCCCAAGUAUCUGAAGCCAGAAAAACAAAGAAGAUUUGUGCCCACAUUCUGUGGAGCUCCCAAUGCCUUCAGUAUCCAACUGUUCUGUAUUGCAGAGCAGUAUGAAAUGAGAUCUUUUGACUUUUUACCAAAAGCAUUUUCCAAAUUUCCUGAUCGAGACUUUUGCAUCAUAACAGUACCUCACAUGGUACCAGAGUUUCCUCUCAUACAAAAUUUUGUGAGAGUUACACCCAAAUGUCCCAGCAUUCUGCCUCAAGAGUUGUAUGUAUUUCAUCGAUCUGGCCUACUCAAAAAUUUUAAAGUACGCAAAGCUGUCAAGGCAGACUUUGAAAAUAUUGAAAAGUUGGUUGACACUAUUGCACAUAAAACAAAUAUUCUCAGAGAUUUACAAGUUUAUCUGACAGCAAGGAGAGAUCCAGAUGGAACUGAAAUUCAAGCUUUUGUUGGUGAAUGUCUUGGUCAAAUUGUGGGUGUCUCCAUUAUACGCAGGGAAGAGGACAUAGACUACAUCAGGGCUCACUAUAACAUUGAGGACUUUAUCUACUUCAACCAUCACAGCAGAGAGCAACAUGGACAUCUCAAUCAUUUUGUAGUCAAUCCAGUUUUCAGCCACCUGACCAAACAUUUCUUUAAGGAAAUUCUGAGACUUUCUAGAAAGACCAGUCUGUACUAUGCUUUGUAUCCACCAUUUACUUCUGAAGCAAAUGUGGACAAUUUUUCCUUAAUUACGGGUCUCAAUGCCCUUGUACCAGUUAGGCCUCGUCGCCAAAUAGAUUACUCUGAUGGUCUUGGAAUCAAUGGCCCGUCAGAGCACAUCAUCAAAGUUGUGGACCACUAUGCCCUGAAUCACAUCAACAGGAAACUUGUUCUUGAGCCGAAGGUGACCAUCAAUGCCAGAAUAGUUGUAGUUGGAGCAUCAGAUGUUGGAAUGACUUUUAUGGAAACUCUUGUAUUUUGCCCACAUCUGAAGUUUAAUAACAUCACUCUUAUCUCCCCUCAUGGUCUCCCUGGAGAUCUUCCACCUCAUGAAAUCAGAGAUACACUUUUGGCCAACAGUUUUGCUUAUGGAAAAGAUGACUAUGCAAAAUUAGCCUUGAGAACAUGGGUGAAUGUUGUUUAUGGAAAGAUGACUGCCCUUGAUAGAACUAAAAAGCAAGUUGUUGUGAAUGAUGUGGAUGUAGUUCCUUAUGACCACCUGGUCAUCUGCACUGGGCAGCAGUAUCUGCCUCCAUCCCCCACAGGUGCUGAGUUAACCCAUAAGCCAGUACAAAAGGAGACAUUUCCCUGCUCACCAGAUGCCAGGUACAGGGGCCAAGUGCCUGGCAACCUGUACACCAUCAAUGAUGCCUAUGAUGCAGCACUACUACUGCACAAGGUGCACUUCUCCCCAAAAAACAUUAAAAUUGUCAUCUAUGGCAACACUGUGGAUGCUUACACCUGCCUUCAGGCUCUUCUUUCAAGUGGAGUUAAAGGUGAUUGUUUGGCACUGGUGGAGCCACCUGUCAAUGAUGGUGUAACCUGUUUCAACAAUCCUGAUGUGGAAAAUGAGAUCAAAAGAAGCUUGCAAGCUUUGGAUGUGACACUACACACUGACUGUUACCUGGCAUGUUGGAAUGAGCCAGAUAGUGAAAAGGGUGAUGACAUCAAAUCUGUGUCAUUCACUCAUCCUAAUGGCUUCAUUAAACUUCCAUGUGAUAUAUUUAUCUGUUUCUACAAGAGAGAUGUAGACUUGGAAGCUUUUACAGCCAUGAACUGCGCCUGUUUAGUCUAUGAUGGCAAGCUGGUCAUCAAUGCCACAUUCCACACCAAUGAUGUUUCCAUCCGAGCUGCAGGACCACUGACCAAGUUUUCACGCAAGUACCACUGUGAACCCUGGACACAUUGCAACUUCAACUCCAGAGAAGUUGGAAUAGCGCUGGCCAGUGAGAUGCUUAGAUUGUUUGACCCAACGCUGGACACUCCUUUAGAACCUCCAGAAGAGCCUCUUAACUUGAUACCGAUCUAUAGAAGCCCUAAGAUCGUGUCUGCCAUUCUUCCAGGUGACUAUCAUUAUCUGUACGUGUACAAGCCUUGUGUCCCUACACCACUGUCUCAAUUAGUCACUAGGCCAGACUACGGCGAAGUCUUUGUAACGGGAGAAGCAGGCAGUGAUCAAGGCUACAUGAGGUUACAUUGUAAUAGCUAUAACUCUGUGGAGACUAUCACCUGUCUGUCCAAGAAAACAUUCUCAAAGGAAAAUUUCGUUUGUCUUUAUGGCGUUCACGAGAAGAUGUUGAACAAUUUGGCCUCCAGAUUUAAAGAGGGUCUUAUUACUGACUUCUAUAAAUACCUGAUGGAACCCUGGGCUAUGGCUGUGUACCAUGACAGGUUUGCUGACUUGAGAGAUGAGAUCAGGGAGCUGCUCAUAUCUACUGAUAAAGAAGGUCUUUCCACAUUAGAAGAUUUGGCCCGUAACCUUGUGGAUGAAGAAUUUGGAUUGACACCAGAACAGAAGAAAGAAAUGAUGAUGGCUUAUGUAUCGACAGGAGCUAAAAGAGCAGUAGAAAGUCGACUGCUGAAUUUCAUUAGCUACAACUACUAUCAUCUACCAAUGUAUGCUAAGCCAGGGAUGGUAUGAACAAACAGUUCAAAAUGUGAAUAUGUCUGGAAUUUUUUUUUUUUUUUUUAUUUUCCGUUAUGCUUUUAUGAUUUGGGGUUAGAAGUCUAAACAUAAAAUAAUUUUAUGUAGCACCAAGAGGGUUUUCAAUUUGUAAGUUUAAAAAAGAAUGUAUCUAUUUGGAUAUAGAAAAACAUUUUUUAUCACUAUUUGAACAAUUUAAGAAUGAUGUAAAAAAAAAACCUUAAGAUAAUGUGCAUCUUACACAACAUACAAUUUAUUUUUAAUAAACACUAACAUUUAACAGACUAAGACUAAAAUAAUACUUAUGAAAACUUACUCUAAAAAGUAUUAAUGUUUUAGGUCUAAGUAUAAACUUUACCAUAAACAUAUUCUAACGUAAAUCACACUUCAAGUAAAAAAAAAAUUUCAACUAAGACACUCACUUUAGUUUACCUUGAGGGUAAAUUAGGCCAGAGAUGAUGGAAUUGUAGAAUAAAUUAUUUUGCAAAUGACUUCAUGUGAGAUUUGUUGCUUAUAUAUUAAACAUGUCUAUAAAUGAAAACUUUGAUAUAAACUAUUUCUUAAUUAACUGAUUAAAAUUGAAACAUUAAAAUGAAAUAUACUUUUAUCUUGAAAUAUUAGUUACUGAAAUAAAAUUUUGAAAACUUUUAAUUCAUUAGUCAUUAUGGUACUUUGAAAUAAUAUAUAUAUAUAUAUAUAUAUAUAUAUAUAUUUAACUAUUACAACUAUUAAACUGUUAUCAUUUUGAUUGUGUCUAAAGUACUGAAGUUCUAGUAUGGUCUUAUUAUAAAUGUUUUUUUCUUUUCACAUUCUUGUUUUUGAAAUGAAAUAUAUAAAAUAUAAAAAAAGGAACAUAUUGGUGAUGUAUUAACACCCAAUACAGGAAAUAGUGAUCAUGAGCUUCAGCAGACUCAGUAAUACUACCUUGAACUAAAAUGUUUAUUUAUACCAUGCGUGUUUAUUUAUAAAUAAAUAUAUUUUUGUUUUACUUUGUACUGUCAGUGUGUUUCUACAUGAUUUACAAAUGAAAAUGAUCAUUAAAUUUACUUUUGAAAAACAAA